UUUUGGUUGGGACCCACUAUUCUUGGUGUCAGUCACCUAUUAGCCACCAAGCAAAUCGUAUCGCCAAAAGAAACACCGCCUGCUCCUGAUCCUCAUUAUCGAACCCCUUUGUUAUUGUUUUUUGACAUUUGGAAGCUAUUCGCACACCUACGCGAAUCGCGUUUGUCCGAUAUUCUAAUCGAAUCGCGAAUCUAGAUCUCGAACAGUUGAUUAAACCAUGCGCGGCGCCUUCAUGGAUUACUACCUAAAAAUACUCUUCGUCAUUUGCGCUGUCCACCAAAUAGCUGGCGGAGCGAUCAAGUCCACCACAGAUGCGGCUUACAAAAAAUACCUGUCCCUAAAAUCGCUGCCCUUCGAAGACUGCGGUUCCUUGUACCAGGUCAGCUACCUGGACAUCGAGAGCUGUACGAAACUGCCUUGCUCCAUGGCCCGAAACGCUAUCGUUAAGGUUACCGUUCGCUUCGAUGAUAAUGGCAACGGCGUAUCCUUUUUAAAGCACGAAGUCCAAUGGGUGUUCAACUACAUUAAGACCGAGGCGGCUAUUACUCCUGAUCCUUGCGACGGAGAUCAUGGUUGUAUAGAGAGUGCGAGUAAUGGAAAAGCUUACUGGGCCAACAUCUUUGUUAAUAAAACUCUUCCGGUGAUGAAAGGGAGCAUGCUGUGGGAAUCCAAGGAUGCAAACGAUCAGAACCUAAUCUGUUUUCAGGUUCCCGUUGUAAUCACAGUGUAAAUGUGUAAUCACGAAAAUAAAGUAAUUGGUGCAUGCAAA